UGCCGCCCUUGUUUCUUCUUCAGUUCUUUUUCUCUCGUCCAAUUUGCCGGGGUUGUGAAAGGAGAAGGCCCGGGGACGCCCUAAGCCCCCUUUGUUUCUGCCCAUCGCAAGUACCACCGUUGCCAUGGGUCUCACCAUCUCUUCUCUUUUCUCGCGCCUCUUCGGCAAGAAGCAGAUGCGCAUAUUGAUGGUUGGAUUGGAUGCUGCUGGAAAGACGACAAUUCUUUAUAAACUGAAGUUGGGAGAGAUAGUCACCACCAUUCCUACUAUUGGUUUUAAUGUGGAAACAGUAGAAUAUAAGAAUAUUUGUUUCACCGUAUGGGAUGUUGGUGGUCAAGAUAAAAUUAGACCUCUCUGGAAGCAUUAUUUCCAAAAUACCCAGGGUCUUAUUUUUGUGGUAGAUAGCAAUGACCGUGAAAGAAUUCAGGAAGGAGCACAAGUCCUGCAGAAAAUGCUUCAAGAAGAUGAGUUGCAAGAUGCAGUAUUGCUGCUUUUUGCAAACAAACAGGAUUUGCCAAAUGCUAUGGCCAUCAGUGAAAUGACAGAUAAAUUAGGUCUUCAAUCUCUUCGCAACAGAACAUGGUAUGUUCAAGCCACUUGUGCCACACAAGGAACUGGUCUGUAUGAGGGACUUGACUGGCUGUCAAAUGAGCUUUCAAAACGUUAAAUGAAACACAGGAUAUCUAACCAAGGACAUAUUUGAUAGAAUUGGCCUAGGCUUGUUACAACAAAAUUAGUUUGCAUCUUGGUUAUUAAACAGUAUAUGGGCCUGGUUUGGGGCAAAAUAUUA